AUGCUGCGAGCGAAGUUGUUUGUUGGGGGGAGGAGCUGCGAUGCGGCGGGAGGGCAGGAGCUGAACAUAGUGAACCCAGCAGACGAGACUCUUCUUGGUGUAGCCUCCUCUGCCACCAGAGAGGAUGUGAACGCUGCUGUGGCGGCUGCCAAGGAAGCGCUGGAGUCCUGGGGAUCAAGCUCUGGGAAGGAAAGAGCUGCCGUCUUGCGCGCCAUCGCUGACUCGGUAGAGAAGCACAAGGACAGUCUGGCAGAGAAAGAGGCUCUUAAUGCAGGGAAACCGAUACAAGAAGCGGCGUGGGACAUGGAUGAUGUGGCUGCUUGCUUCAGACAUCAUGCAGGCCUCGCUGAGGCGUUGGAGGAGAGGCAGGGGAAGGUUGUCGAUGUUGGCAUGCAGGAGUUCUCGGUCAGGAUGUUCUGGGAGCCCGUCGGUGUCGUUGGUCUGAUCGUCCCAUGGAACUACCCGCUCCUCAUGGCCGCAUGGAAAGUCGCGGCUGCUCUCGCAGCUGGCUGCACCAUCGUUCUCAAGCCCUCGGAGCUCACGCCUUUCACCGCGUACGAUCUGGCGGUCUAUGCCUUUCAGGAAGCGAAGCUGCCUGCUGGUGUCUUGAACGUCCUCCCUGGUCUGGGCCCGGACUGCGGGGGUCCGCUCUCAGAGCACCCGGACGUGGAGAAGAUCGCCUUCACUGGGUCUGUUCCCACGGGGUCGAGGAUCAUGGCGGCGUGCGCGCGGGACAUCCGGAACGUGUCGUUGGAGCUGGGAGGAAAGUCUCCUAUCGUUGUGUUCGAGGACGCAGAUGUUGAGAAGGCUGUGGAGUGGAUCAUGUUCGGGAUCUUCUGGACCAACGGGCAGAUAUGCUCAGCCACCUCCCGCGCCAUCAUCCAUGAGGACAUCGCUCCUCGCGUCUUCGCGAGGCUCAAGCAGGAGGCGGAGAAGGUCGCCUACAUCGGUCCGAUCAUCUGCAAGAGUCAGUACGACAAGGUGCUUAACUACAUAGAGUCCGGCAAGCAGGAGGGAGCAACGCUGCUGUGCGGCGGGGGCAGGCCGGAGAACGUUGCGAACAAGGGAUUCUACAUCGCCCCGACAGUGUUCACCAACGUCCAGCCAUCCAUGCGCAUAUGGAAGGAGGAGAUCUUUGGGCCAGUGCUGGCUGCUACUACCUUCAAGACAGAAGCCGAAGCUAUCGCACUGGCGAAUGACACAUGGGCUGGGCUUGCCUCGGCAGGUUCUCCCCUGCUUUGGUCGUUCCUCACUGCCGAUCAAGACCGCUCCAUGCGCAUGGCAAGGAAGUUCAAGUGUGGGAUCGUUUGGGUUAACUGCAGCCAGCCGUGCUUCUGCCAGGUUCCAUGGGGAGGCGUGCGGAAGAGUGGGUUCGGCAGAGACAACGGAGAGUACGGCCUCGAGUCCUUCCUGGAAGCCAAGCAGGUCACGGAGUACAAGUCGUCAGAGCCCUGGGAAAUGUUCUCCCUUCUCUUCGAUCUUGAGGAUUACGCCACCACCUACCGCGCCACCCGCGAUGCCUACUUGAAGGCUGCCAACGAGCUCAAGCUCGCCACCGGCCCCUACAAGGCUGCCCGUGACGCCUACGUCGCUGCCACCGCCACCUACACCAAGUCCCUCUACGAGUAA